AUGCAAGAAUUUAAGGGUCAUAUCACACUCGCAUUCGGUGAAAGUGACGAGUACAGAUAUAUGAGCUUUUUAAUCGACAAGAAUUCCACACUUUAUAAUCGACGACAAAGCAAACUGGUUACACACAUUGUAUCGUUAUUUACUUCGGCGUAUGUUUUCUACUGGAAUACUUAUAUGUCCACGCCUCUAAAAGAAGCUCCUUCAUUUGAUGGUCGUCUGGUGGUAUAUCCUGGCGAGCAAGAAGUGCGCGACUAUUUCUCUUGGCGUCAAGCAGACACACAUAUCAAUAACCUAUAUAACACGGUAUUCUGGGCUUUGGUCCUAGAGGGGAAAAAGACUGAGCGUGAGGCUCAUAACAUUCUAAAAGGCACUGUCUCUGCCGACAAGCAUGAGAUUUUAUUCAAAGAGUUUGGUAUCAAUUAUGAUAAGUUGCCUGCGUUUUUCCGCAAGGGUACAACUCUAGUCUGGGCUCCUGUGCGUGAUCCCAACCGCACAAAACCACGCACAAGACUCUUCACGCUACAUGUGGACAUUAUUGGCGAUGACUUCUGGCGAACAUCAGGAGAAAGUCUCGCUCCAGUUGAGGCUCGGUGUGAAGGCGAGAGUGUUGAUCAUUUCUACGAGCAAGCUGAAAGACAUUAUGGGACUGGAUUUGGUUCUAACGUGCUGAGGUUUUGA